AUGCGCCCGGACGCGGCCCUAGGCCUGAGUCGGCCGCUUGCUCGGCCUACACUCGCGGCAGAAGGAGAGGGUCCCUACGCGCUGGGCAGAGUUCGAAAGGAGCGGGCAGGAUCUGUCGCCCAGGGCAGGAGACGCUCCCCGUUUGGAGCUGCCAACUAUGGGGAGAAGGGGGGCCCCUUGGGCCUAGCGGCUGCGCUGGCCCUGGCCUCCUCCCCGCUCCUGGGGACCCCCCCUCUACAGCCCGCUCCUGUCCUUUCUCCGCCCAGCGAACCCAGCGGGAACUCGGGGCACUUUAACCCACUUUUGACUUCUGCAGCCUCGGGUGGCCUGUGGACGCACUCCCUCCUGGCUUUUAUGCCUUCGUGGACCAAGAAGACCUUGUUCAAAAGGGAGUCUCCUACAACACCCCGCCUGGUGUCCACGCAGAGCGCAGCCUGGACAGCCCAGGUGUGGCUGUUGGUGAACAACUCCAGGUCACCCCGAACCACCGACCUCUCAGACCUGCUGCUCCUGGACAAUGUCUCGGGCCUGAGUGUGCGGGAGUCUGUCGGAAAUCGGACGUCACGGGGCUUCCAGGCCUUCAGAAAGCAGUCUCUGCCAGCUGGAGAUGCCUUUGCUGUCAGCUACAUGGCCCAGCUCGCCGCCGGAGAGGUCCAGGACGAGGCCAUCCUGCUGCUCCCUGCCCAGCUCACCUUCCAGAGCUCCGCCCAGAACCGAACCCAGCUGAAGGCGGUGCUUACCAUCACCGUGGAGGAAAAGCUCACGAUUCUACCAAACCACGGUCUCCAUGCUGCAGCCUUCUUCAUUGCCUUCCUGGCCUCCCUGGUCCUGACCUGGACCACGCUUUUCCUUCUGGUCCGAUACCAGUGUUUAAAGGGAAACCCGCUGAGCAGACAUCAGGUUCAGCACCACGAGAGCAAGCCGGAGCAUGCCCAGUUCACCUUGGCCGACGGCGUGAACGAAGACCUGGCUCUCGGUGACCAGAUGGUGGACAUCCUGGCCUCCGAGGACCCCGGGAGCAUGCUGCAAGCCUUGGAGGACUUGGAGAUUGCAACCCUGAAUCAGGCUGACUCGGAUUUGGAGGCUUGUCGAACCCAAAUCAGUAAGGAUGUCAUCGCCCUCCUACUGAAACAGCAGGCCAGCGGUGGACGCCUCUCUCCCCAAGUAGAGAGGAGGAUGGGGAGUGUCUUCAAGAAGCAGUUUCUGCUGCUGGAGAACGAGGUACAGGAAGAGCAUGGUCGCAAGAUGGUGGCGGUGACUGCGGAGUGCGACCUGGAGACGCGGAAGAAGACAGAAAGCCAGUCCCAGAGGGAGAUGCUGUGUGCGGCUGAGUGCAGCAGCCUGCUGCGGACCCUGCACGGCCUGGAGCAGGGGCACCUGCGAAGGGCACUGGCCCUGCGGCAGGAGGAGGACCUCGCGCAGGCGCACCGGCAGCUGGCCCUCUUCCAGCGGAGCGAGCUGCACAGGAUCUUUUUCACCCAGAUCAAAAGCGCGCUUCUCAGCGGGGAGCUGACGCCGGAGGCGGCCAGAACGCUGCUGCAGGACUACUCGGAGAGCCAGGCCCAUGUGGAAGAGCUGAUGGACUUCUUCCAGGCCACGAAGAGGUAUCACCUAAGUAAGAGGUUCGGCCACAGGGAGUACCUGAUCCAGACCAUGCAGUCCUCGGAGACCCGGGCCCAGGGCCUUCUGAAUGCCGCAGCUGCUCAGCUGACCCGCCUCAUCCAGAAACACGAGCGAGCAAGGCUGCUCCGUGGGGUUUUCCAGGCACUGAGCUCUCAGGAGCAGAUGCACAAGGAGCAGCGAAGAGAGCAGCUGUCCAUUGGCGAGGCCCCCCAGCAUGCAAAGGACACCAGCCAGUAUCUGGGCCAGUGGCGGAGCCUGAUGGCGGACCAGAGUGCCGCCCUGGAGGAGCUGCAGGAGUGGCUGGACCAGGCCGCGCUGGACGACCUCCAGGCCCUGACCCUCUCUCUGUCGGAGAAGGCCACCGAGGAGGUCCAGCGCCUGCAGAGCUCGGCGAUGACCCAGGAGCUGCUGCGACGCAGCGUGCCCUGGCUCUUCCUGCAGCAGAUCCUGGAGGAGCACAGCAAGGAGAUGGCCUCCCGGGCCGAGCAGCUGGAGGGCGAGGAGCGGGGCCGGGGCCAAGAGGGCGCCCAGAGCCCACGGCAGCGGCUGAAGGAGGACGCGCCGGAGGCCUCGAUGGAGGAGCAGGCGGAGCUGAGGCACUGGGAGCACGCCGUGUUCACGAAGCUGUGCGCCGCCGCCUGUUCCCUGUCGGAGGAGGAGCUGCUGAGGGUGAAGCAGGAGGCCCAGGGCUGCCUGGCUCAGCUGGAUCAGAGCCUGGCCCUCCCCAAAGUCCGGGCCCGCGUGCUGCUGCAGCAAUGCCAGGCCGAGUGGCGAGAAGCAGAGUUCUUGAAACUGGACCAGGCCCUGGCCGCCCCCGAGCUGCAGCUGCAGUCCAAGGGGAGAAAGCAGCGUGCCAAGAACAGAAGCAAGGCCGGCCUCCUGAAGAAGUACCUGGAGGAUAAAAUCCUCCUCCUUGAGGAGCAGCCCCCCGAGGACCUGGCAGAGAAGGCCCGGUCGGAACUGCUCCGGGAGAGGCUGGAGCUGCUGGAGGCUCAGGAGCAACGCGUGGCUGAGUUCGUGGUGUCGCUGCAGUUUCAGAAGGCGGCCGAGACCUCCAAGAGGCUGUCGGCCUACACCGCCCUCCUCUGCCUCCAGGACGUGCUCCUGGAGGAGCUGUGCGAGGCCGAGACCCUCACCAAGGAGGCCCGCACCCAGAUCCUGCAGUCCCACACCCCGGAGCUGCAGGAGCUGGAGAGGAGGCUGGAGGAGCAGCUGGCCUGCCAGGAGGCCGCUUCCCAGCAGCAGGCCCUGCUGAGCAGGCAGCCGUGCGGCGCCCAGGACCCCGGGCUCCCAGACACACCCGCGGAGGCAGAUUCUGAAGGACAGGUCUCCGCCAUGCUGCAGCGGGCUCUCAGCAAGGCUCAGAAGACCCUGGAACACCAGCAGCAGAGUUUGCAAGAAGCGCAUCAGCAAAGUGCCGUGCUUGAGGAUCUGCUGGAGACAAUGGAGACGGACACCUUCGUGACCCUGUAUGGACAGGGAACACCAGGCCCGGUGGCGAGCCUUCGAGAGCAAGCUGCGAAGAGGGAACACCAGGCCCGGUGGCGAGCCUUCGAGAGCAAGCUGCGAAGAGGGCUGGUCAGCCAAGGAGAGGAGAGGGCGCUCUGGGCUCGCAGGAGGAAGGAGAGCGUGCUGAGGAAGGCGUCUGCCCCACUCCCCGAGAGGCUGGUCUUCCCGGGGAAAGGAAGUUGGCCCCACCUGUCCCUGGAGCCCCUCGGCGAGCUGGCCCCCGUGUCCAUCGUGGGGACAGAUGCCGAGGACCUCCUGAACACGGGGGAGAAGCUCUUUAUAUUCCGGAAUCCGACGGAGCCGGAGCUCGCCCUGCACGUGCCUCCCAGGAGAAAGAAGAAGAACUUCCUGAACGCCAAGAAGGGCACGUGGGCCGCAGGCGUGGACUAGCUCGCGCGCGGGCUCCGUGGACAUAUGAAGACAGUUGAUCCCUCCAGCGCGUGCGUGUGCGGAUGCGUGAGUGCGCGCUUGCGCGUGCGGUGCAUGGAUAACUUGCUAGGACGCACUGCAGUUGCAGAAGACACAGGCACGGGCAUGCCCCGCCCCUGCUGGCUUCGCGAGGACCCAGUGUACGCUGGGCUCAGGGAGUCCAGAUGGUCCCUUUGUCAUCAUCUGGGCGGAGCACCUCCCCCUCCCGCCCAGCGUGCACCUCUGCCCUCCUUGAGUCUGGCCCAGUCAGAGGUGGGGGUGGGGGAGUGCUGAAGGCAAGGUUUCUGUUCUCAUCUGAUGUUUGUUAGCCCUCCUAGGUAACAAUCAAGGAGCUCUUUCCAAGGGGGGUCUUUUUAACAAAUUGUUUCGAUGGCAUAUGUACACUUCGCAUAGCGUGAAAUCCGUGCGCUCCGUCCUGGUGAGAUGUGUGUCAUUUCUGUGUCUCCGUGUUCAAUGUCUCUACUCUCUUUUCGAUGGAGGUUGUGGUACGCGUUGCCCGUUCAUGGUUGUUGGCUUCCUCUUUGCUUUGCUUCCUGUUGGGGUCUUGUAGACGUCUCUGUGCAUGAAAUCCACACUAGGUAGAUCAGUAGAGGCAGUAAUGGGAUUGAUAAUUGGAAUAAUAAUAACUGGAUCAAUAGCGAUAGGGGCAUGGCAGGGGAGGAUGAGGGGAACGGGAGCUAACGACAUGAGGACGAGAAGAGAAUGUUCUGGAAUUGGUUCAGGGAGUCCUCCUUGCUUCCUGCAAGAGCCGCUCACGUUUACUUCUGUUUUGACCGAGGGAGGGGCCGUGGUGACACUGGGCUAGGCACGGGCUUCUCACCAUUUGGCUGGGGGUUCAAAACCACCAGCUGCUCCUGGGAAGAAAGAUGAGGCUGUCUGUCUGCACCCAUUGAGAUCUGCAGUCUCAGGAACCUCGAGAGAGUUGCUCUAAGUCGGAUUCGACUCUGACCUUGUGUGAGCUUUGCUGGGGUCGGCCAGAGGAGGCGCUUCUCGGGGGUCUUUGAAUCCAAGGAUGUGGUAAUUUUACAAUCGUUUGUCAAUUUGAGAGGAUUCAGAGUGAAGAGGUGGAGUCUAGACUGUCAACCAGGUUAUACCCAA